CAAUAGUGACAGUUUGCUUAUACACUCUUAUUAAUGUUGAUCUAAUUUUUUUGUCCAUUCUUUGCAAAUUAUUAAUUUUUCCCAUCAUAAGAAUGAUUUUAUUAGAAAAAUUACAAGAGCAAGGAUGGUACUUGACUGAGGAAGGUCUUAGAAAAUUAACCACCAGCCAUAAUUUACAAACGGAAGAUGUCAAUAAAAUCAUAUCUUUAGCCCUAGAUUGGGAUUUGAAGGAUAUAGCGGCGGGCGCUUUACCAUCUAAACCCGAUAGCAGUGGUACCAUAUCUGGUCGCAUUGUAUUACAAAUACAAAAAAUGCGAAAUAUUUCGGCACCGAAAGCCAACGAAGAAUCCACGGCUGCGCCUAGAUUUCUACAAUUGGAACUAAGUGACGGAGUUAAUACUAUAGCUGCUUUAGAGUUUGAACGAAUUCCUAGUCUAAAUCUUAAUGUGCCACCGGGCACCAAAUUGUUAAUAAAAGCUGAAAAAGUAAAGCUAUUGAACGGAUUUUUAGUAUUAAAGCCCUCAGAUAUUCAGAUUCUCGGAGGAAAAGUAGAAGCUUUGGUGGAAAAGUGGGAAGUGGCUAGACAAAUGCUUAAAUAUGCUAGAAGUAACAGAAGGCUAUCAGGAUCAGGUGGACCUCCACCAUGGAUAGCUUUCGGUAAACGAUUAGAUGCUCACAAAGAUGCACUGCCUACAGAUAGAAACUUUAAAAGUUUGCAAGCAGCUAAUGAAAAGGAUAAAAACUCAAAAGAAAAUGAUGAGUUCAAUGUGAGUCGUAGUCAAGCUAUCGCCGAAGCCGCAAAGGCUGGUCAAAAGAAAGUAUUUGGCGGCGGUCAACAAAAUAUUUUAGAUCAUAAUGUUAAAAAGAUCUUAGAAAAGGGUUAUUCUGAAGAAGAGGCGAAACAAGCUCUCAAAACUACCAACAACAAUCUUGAAAGAGCUUUAUACAAUCUCAAGCGUAGAAAUAAUGUUAGAAGCGGUUCAGUAGAUAAUAGUGCAAAAACCGUAACCGCUACAACAGGAGGACGUGUAAGGGACAGAGUAGCCUCGGCCAAGGAAGAAGCCGCAGCGGCAAAACCACAGACAAAUGUUUCACUGUUUGAUUUCUUGACCGAUAAACUGCCAGUGACUGUUUCCUCUGCAAGUACUGUUCAAUCCCAAGCAGUUAGUAAUAAUGCUAACAAUGAUCGCAACUUUAAAGAUACUUCAUCAAAAACUUAUAAUAAUACCAAAGCUAUAUCUGUUGGAGGUAAUAGAUUUGAAAAUAACAUGUCAUCUAGUUUUGCCGCAAAUAGAGCAACUGUUACCUCAAGAUCUGAAGAAAAGCAACCUUUGCAAUCACGUUCAAAUACUUUCAAUCAAAGACAAGAAGAACGUAAACAACAAUCUAUCAACAAACCUGGAAGAGGUGGAGAACGAAAUAAUACAAACAGAACUCAAACCUCAAAUUACGAUAAGCCUUUAAAUCAAUCAACUGUGGCUCAAGAAGAAAAUAUAAAAUCCGCAGGAGGCAACAACACUAAGAGAAAUGAAAGAAAAAAAGAAAGGGAGCAAACCCCUAGGCAGCCAAUGAAUGACUAUCUGCCUAACAAACGGAAUAAUGAAUUUAAUAAGCCGUCAGAAAAGAAAUCGUAUCAACCGAGGGAAAAUAAUAGAAAUAAUAAUCAGGAUUCAACGAAAAGUUUUCCGCAAAAACAAACACAAAAACCUAAUAAUAAUUUUGAAAAGGCUUUGGACAAUUUGGUAGAAAGUACCUCGAAAAUGUCCAUCCAACAUAGAGAUGAAUCAACAGCUAACAACCAGCAGAAUAGGGGCAGAAAUAACCAACAAACUUCAAAAAGUAACAGCCAUCAGCAAAUGCCAACUUUGAGCCAACAUAAGCAAAAGUCUUCAUCCGAAAACUAUCCAAACAAUUCCCAGCAACAACAACCUAAUCGAUUUAUAGAUUCCCAAAAUUUCUCUUCGAAAUCUCAGCAAAACCCGAAAAAUCCCGCUUAUGUGCCUCAAGUCGGUAACGGCUUUGCAUAUGAUCCCAGCAAAAUAAUGGGAUUUCAAAGUAAAGAAGCUAAUGAAUACGCUAUGAACUUGUUAAAAAGUCAAGGCUUGACCAUGCAACAGCUGCAGCAGCAACAAGCGGUAUCACCACAAGCCCAACAGGCAACAUUACCUCCGCCUCCACCACAGCAACAACAUUCUCAGAAUCAAAUACUCAAUAAUCAAGCCACUGCUGCUGUUGCGUAUAUGGCACAGAAUCCCAACUUAUUUGUAGCACCACCGCAACAAGCUCCACCGCAAUUCGGCAUGAUGUCUAGCGGUAAUUGGCCUUGGAAUAUAGGCGAUUUGUGUUUAGCCAAAUAUUGGGAUGAUGGCAAUUAUUACGAUGCAAAAAUCACUGCUAUUUCGGAUAAGACGUGUGUUGUUUUAUUUUUGGGUUAUGGCAAUCACGAAGAGGUAUUAAAAUCCGACUGCCUACCCAUCACUGAUGCUCAGCACAUACCACUGAAUGCUUACCAAACAAACAUCACUGCUCCUCCCAUGGCACAGCCACAUCCUUCAGCAUUUCAACCAAGGUCUAAUAUACAUUCUGGAGUUGGAGGAAGUGGUGGCAAUCAACGUUAUCGAGGCGAAAGACAAAUGUAUGUACCACCACCUAAACGAAAUAAUAACUGAUACUGAAUGGGGCCAACGCAACAACAAAAUUUAAAAUCUAAAACUCAAUAUCAUAGUAUUUCACAACAACUUUUGCACCGUCACCAUACAUUUGUGCAUUCGAAAGAAA